AUGGCCUCCUACGGUUAUCAAGCGGCUCCUCACCAGGGCUCGAGACAUGCGCCGCACGCAGGAUACGCACCACAUGCUAUGCCGUCGCAUGGAGCUGUGCCUGCUGGCACCUUCUCCGCUGGUACCAAAAUUCAGGUUGGGAGCCAUCGAGUCAUCAUACAGAAAUACCUAUCAGAAGGAGGAUUCGCACAUGUCUAUUUGGUUAAGCUUUCCAAACCCAUCGACGGUACUGAUUUGGCAGUUCUCAAGCGCGUUGCUGUCCCCGACAAGGACACUUUGCGGGGCAUGCGCACCGAGGUUGAAACCAUGAAACGCCUCAAAGGGCAUCGACCGAUUGUAACAUAUAUCGAUUCCCAUGCCUCAGAGCUAAGAGGCGGAGGAUACGAGGUCUUUCUUCUCAUGGAAUACUGCGACGGCGGUGGCCUGAUCGACUUUAUGAACACCCGCCUGCAACACCGCUUGACCGAACCUGAAAUCUUGCACAUCUUCGCCGAUAUCGCAGAGGGUGUCGCUUGCAUGCAUUAUCUUAAGCCGGCUCUGCUACAUCGAGAUCUCAAAGUUGAAAAUGUCCUCAUUGUGAACCGGGGCUCGUCAAAACGCUUCAAGGUGUGCGACUUUGGAUCCUCCGCCCCUCCACGACCAGCGCCAACUACGGUGGUUGAGUGUCGACUCAUGGACGAGGACGUCCAAAAACACACGACGUUGCAGUAUCGAGCCCCCGAGAUGGUUGAUGUAUAUCGAAAACAACCACUUAACGAAAAGUCAGAUAUCUGGGCAUUGGGUGUGCUGCUUUACAAGCUAUGCUACUACACAACACCUUUCGAGGAUCAGGGACAACUGGCUAUACUGAAUGCCAGUUUCAAGUACCCAAGCCACCCAGUCUUUUCAGAUAGACUGAAGAAACUAAUCGCAUCAAUGUUGAAAGAAAAUAUGCAAUCUCGACCCAACAUAUACCAAGUUCUAAAAGAAGCAUGCGCUAUGCAAGGGAGACAGGUUCCUAUACACGACAUAUACUCUGGACAAGCAAAAACAGAAUCGAGGCCCUCAAGUCAAACGUCACCGACCAAGACGCAACAAGGAAAACAAGGAGCCGUUGUUGGGGCAGUAUACUCCCCACAGUCACAAGAGGAGCAAAGUAUCCCUAGCAUUGUGCCUAUGCGGCGAGGUCGUCCUGCAGCAUCUCCCGGGCCUCAGAAGCAAGAGGCAUCACGAAAAGUCACAGAUGGCGAUCCAUUCGCAGCUCUUGACGCGAACAGUGCCAGAAAAGCAGCCGUCGACACUGAUGAGUUAUCUUCACGAUUCCCAACCUUGGAUCAAUUCUCUCUUCUGCAUGACAAGGGAUCGAAAUUUGAUUUCGACUCAUCGGCUAGAUCGCCACAGUCUCAAAAUGCUCCUGCCAUCCAGCACAUUGCCGAGCGUAUUGCCGACGAAGCGUUUGCCUCGCUGCAAAAGCCUUCCGUCGAGCAAACUCCAUCUUCACGGCCACAUUCUGUUACUCCCACCACGCACCACCCCAAUCAAAGCUCAUCUCCAGCUGCUGACAGACCACCAUCGAAAGCCCCUUCCGCACCCGCAAAGGCAGAACCCAACCAACUCAGCCGCGCAUCUUCAAUAAUUAGUAGCAACCCCGAGCUGAGAGCUCUUUCAUCCCAAUCUAACUCCAAAUAUGUCUCAACCGGAACGAUGACGUCCGAACUUUCUUCCAGGACACCAACACCACAAAUUGAGAAGCGUCCAGAGCAAAGGGGCCCUGAACGAACUUCUUCCCAUGCAAACCUGGACACUUUGCCCAUUCAUGCCCGCCCGGCGCACCUGAGGCAACCAUCCCUCUCUUCGCGCCCGUCCCUGGAGGAUCAGCGUAGCCAAGUUCACACAGCGGAUUCCGCACUGCGGUCAGGAUCACCCCUCAGCCGACCACGUCCAGCAAGCACCAGUUUUGAGUCGAGCACUUUGGACUUCUUGAGGGAAAAGGAGUUGGCCAGGUCAACGAACCUGGCAGCGCAAGCAUCGAACCAGCUUCCGCAGCGAGGGGGUGUUGUAACCCAGCAGGAUAAGACAGAUGCCAAAACGCGAGUGGACGAGGACCUAUUGUUGGAUAUUGCCGAUUCACCAGUAACAACACGAGACGAGCAAGCCGAUAUCAGUCGGAGAUCAACCGUAGCUGCUGCGGCACCAAAGAAACUGGCUGGCAAGUUUGGUGAUGCCUUCAACCGAUUUGAAGGAUCGACACCCCGUGAAGCUAGUGCUAAGACACAACCCGAAUCCUCGCAAAAGGCAACCGCCCGAUCUGAUAACACCGCCGCGCCUAGACCAGAUCCUGCCGUCGGUGGCCCAAGUACCAAUGCGCUAAUCGAUAUUGAUGAGGAUAAUAUGACACCAGAGAUGAGGAGGGAGCUGGAAAGGCAGAAGCUUGAAGAGGAAGAGCAGCGAGUUGCUGCUGCUCAAGCUGAAUAUCGAAACCGGGCUGUGUCUUCUGGCAAGCCUGUGCCCGGGCCAAAGAACGUUAGUGGCACGCCGCGGACAACGAGUACGAUCCAAAGCCGUGUUCAGAGUUUGCUCAGCGAGGACCAGAAACCGUCCAAUGUUCAAAGGACUGCACAUGGUUAUGGUAAAUAUACGGAUGAUCAGCCUGGAGGGUCACCGUCUCCUAAACCAGUGUCAACUAUUACCCGCAAGCCAGUGGCCACCAAGCCAAAAGCUGGUAUCCCACUCAAUGGCACUGGAUCUACGGUCACAACCUCGUACUCAAUGCCAGCACCGUCACAGCCAAAGUCUACAGGGACAAAGCCGCCUGCGCCAAAGAAGAAGCCUACGCAUCUCAACAGCUUUCCAACUGGAGCCCGGCCGCCAUCACCAGUUCAGCACAACCAGACGGCUCAGUCCGAGAUUGCCAUGGACCUUCCUGGCCAACCAGUUCUGGAAAUGUCGGCCCAAGAUAAGCAAGACUAUAUUGAAGAUUUCACAAAGCGAUUUCCCAGUUUAAGUUCGAUAGAGAUGGAAUCCCAAAGGGGUCGUGGAAUCGGACCACGACAAUGA